AUGAUUUACGCGCGGAGAAGCUAUCUCCUUCCAACCAUUAUUCUCAUCUGUCUCACCUAUAGUCUAUUCUCCAGUCUACCGCCCGGGGCGAGAAGACCACAUCCGCAUGCCAAUGACCAUGCGCAGCAUCCCAUUUCGACUUCAGCAUCCAGUAGUGGUACCCAAAUCCAUUGGACCAAACAUGCCGAACACCAUCCAAUCGAUGAUUAUAUCCCACUUCCUACAACGAAGCCCUCCACUAUACCCAAGAUUCAGUAUGAAUUUCGGAGCGAAUCGUGGCUUGCGCGAUUGCGGAGAAGGAGGCGACAGAGCGCGGUGAAACAAGCGUUCCAACAUGCAUGGAAGGGUUACCGAGACAAUGCCUGGUUACGUGACGAGCUGUCACCCCUCAGCGGGCGCCAUCGCGAGACAUUUGCUGGGUGGGCAGCUACGCUCGUUGAUUCUCUUGAUUCUCUCGUUAUCAUGGGCAUGACAAAGGAGUUCGAAGAGGCGUUGGAAGCUCUCGAACUUAUCGACUUUUCAACGACACAUGCUCUGCAAAUCAAUAUUUUUGAGACUAACAUUCGCUACCUGGGCGGGCUCCUGGGGGCUCAUGAUUUGACCAACGGAAAGCACCCAAUUUUGCUCAAAAAAGCCAUUGAGAUUGCAGAUAUGAUUUAUGGAUCAUUCGACACCCGUAACAGAAUGCCGCAAUCUAGAUGGGAAUGGACGAGAUCUGCAGGAGGUCAUGGUAUUAUGCCCAGUCGGCAAACUAUCCUUGCUGAACUGGGCUCUCUCAGUCUAGAAUUUACACGAAUGUCCCAGCUGACUCACGAUCCUAAGUACUUUGAUGCGAUCCAGAGAAUAACGGAUUUCUUUGAAGAGAACCAGGAACAAACAAAAUUGCCCGGGCUGUGGCCUAUGUUGGUGAAUGCACAAGACAUGGAAUUUAGCGAUCCCAGAUUUACUAUCGGAGGGAUGGCUGAUUCUACGUACGAAUAUCUUCCCAAGGAGCAUAUGCUACUUGGAGCCCAAACAACUCAGUAUCGCAACAUGUACGACUCUUUCAUGAGAGCUCUUAAGGGCCGUCUGCUUUUCCGCCCAAUGACAAAAGAUAAUCAGGACAUUCUUUUCGCUGGAAAUGUCCAGGCCAACGUGAUCUCUCACAGUAGGGAGAAACUUGAUCCUCAGUGGGAGCACUUGAAAUGUUUCCUGGGUGGUACUAUUGGCAUUGGGUCUAAAGUCUUUGAACGUCCCGAAGAACUGUCUAUCGCGCGGAAGCUGGCCGACGGUUGCAUAUGGGCAUACGACAUCAUGCCAACGGGCAUCAUGCCAGAAAUACUCCAUCUGAGCGCAUGUCGUGAUCCGGAGGAUUGCCAUUGGGAUGAAAGCAAAUGGCACCAGGAUGUACGACAUCGCUUGGCAAAGAAGUCCAGCUCUAAUAACCCUACUCAGCAAGCCGAGUCACUAAUUGAGACAUACGGGCUGCCACCAGGAGUGGUUGAUAUUCCAGACCCGAAGUAUCACCUCAGACCGGAGGCGAUAGAAUCCGUGUUUAUACUAUAUCGUAUCACGGGCGACAUAAAACUGCAGGACGCUGCAUGGCGAAUGUUUCAAAACAUAGAAAAGAUGACUCGGACUCACUUUGCUCAUGCCGCAAUUGCAGAUGUGCGCGACGUUGAUUCACCGCAAUUGGAUUACAUGGAGAGCUUCUGGCUAGCUGAGACCCUUAAAUACUUCUACCUGAUCUUCUCCGACCCAGAUGUUGUCAACCUGGAUGAAUAUGUCCUGAAUACUGAGGCGCAUCCAUUCAGGCGCCCUGCAACGUGA